AUGCUAGAGUUAUCGGAGACGCAUGAAUGGCAUUGGAUCCCAUCAAAGUUAAACGUUGCCGAUGAUGCCACGAAAUGGCAGAGAUUUCCAGACCUUGCUCCUACUAGUCGCUGGUUUCGUGGGCCUGAAUUCCUUUGGGAACCUGAAGAACUAUGGCCUAGUACGGCUUUGAAUUUGGGUCAAACCGAUGAAGAGAAACGUGAACGGUUGCUUCAUCAUUUUGUUGCAAGAGAUACCUUCAUCUGGGAAAAUUUCUCUAAUUGGAAACGACUACUGCGUCACGUAGCCUUCGUGAAACGGUUCCCUGCAAAUCUAAGCAGGAGAAUCUCUAGCAAGCCUGUCGAAAGCGGUCCAUUGUCCCAAGAAGAGUUGAAGGCGGCGGAGUCGACUAUACUGAAGUUCGUUCAACACUCUGAAUUCGCGAAGGAGAUUCAUCUUCUUGCGAAACCGAAUACCUUGCCCUGGAAGAACGUGUUGCCGAAAGAUAGUUCGUUAUACAAGCUCAGCCCAGUUCUGGAGGCAGAUGGAUUGCUACACAUGAGAGGUCGUAUCGACGCCUGUGAAUUUGUAGAGGAGUGUACGAAACGACCCAUACUGCUACCUAGAGGCCAUCCAGUUUCAGACCUCAUCAUUAUCGAUACUCACCAGCGAUACUGUCACAUGAACCAUAAAACGACACUGAACGAGAUCAAACGUAGAUACUACAUUCCAAAACUCCGUUCGGAAUACAAUCGUAUACGAGCAAGAUGUCAGCAUUGUAAGAAUCAAGCUGUUAAGCCGAAUGUACCCGAAAUGUCAGCUUUACCAUCAUUGCGCCUAAAAGCCUUUUGUCGUCCGUUCUCCUUUAUCGGAAUUGAUUAUUUUGGGCCGAUGCACGUCGUCAUUGGUCGGCGAACUGAAAAACGUUGGGGUGUGUUGAUAACUUGCCUUACCGUUCGAGCAAUACAUAUUGAAGUCGCACACAGCCUCACGACGGACUCAUGCAUUCUAGCCAUCAGAAACUUCAUCGCCCGAAGAGGAACGCCUCUGGAAAUAGUCAGUGAUCGCGGUACGAAUUUCGUAGGCGCAAGUCGCGAGUUAAAGCAGGCACUUGAACAGUGCGAUCAGGAAAAGUUAAUGGAACACUUCGUCACAACCGAAAUAAAAUGGUCUUUUAACCCUCCUGCUUCACCGCAUUUCGGAGGCGCCUGGGAGCGCCUCGUUCAGUCAGUAAAGAAAAAUCUCAAGCACCUACAACUCACACGUACACCAACCGAUGAGCUGCUGCGAAACCUGUUGACCGAGGUCGAACUGAUAGUAAAUUCUAGACCGUUGACUGAGUUACCACUAGACGAUGAACUAUCGUCACCACUAACCCCGAAUCAUUUUCUUCUCGGGUCGUCAGACGGUUCUAAGCCCCCGAUCUCAUACGAUAACAGUAGCUACGCUCUGAAGCAUGUCUGGAAGAUGUCGCAGGUCUACGCUAACAGGUUUUGGAAGCAAUGGGUUUCCGAUUACCUGCCAACACUUACACGACGAUCCAAAUGGUUCAGCCCUGCAAAACCCAUCGAAGUCGGAGAUAUUGUUGUGUUGGUGGACGAGACACUACCGAGGAAUUGCUGGCCAAAAGGCCGGGUGAUCAAUGUGCAUCGAUCCAAGGACGGACAGGUUCGUCGUGCUCUAGUACAAACUGCGCAUGGUGUACUGGAAAGACCAGCUGUAAAACUCGCAGUGUUGGACGUCGGUGCAACAGUGAGUACGUCGGCUCAGGGACCUCGAAGUACUGGGGGGGAGUGUCGCAAACCCCUCGUUGCGACGCCCUUACAUCCAACACCGUGA